AUGUUUUUUUUGAUCACAUGUGUUUAGGAUUGGUCGUCAUUUGAAUUUCAUUCGCAAUAUGGCCAAAUGUUUUACGGUUGUAAGAUCAUAUUCAAUCAAUGUACAUCGAUCAUGGUUGGCUUCAGGUCGUCGUUCGUUUACCUUAGAUGCUCGAAAAUUUUCAUAUGAAGGUCCGGGAAAAACAACUGCAUCAUUUUUGGAUGAUGAAGUGGGUCAAUAUUUGAUGAUCAAUUCUAUAAAUGAUAGAGGUUUCAAGCUCACCAACGGAGCUUUUGCCGUAGGUCCGAUCAUAUUGUUUCCAAGUUUCUUAUUCAGAUGGAAAAUUAGGACCAUUGAAGAUAUAACACCAGAGUCAUUGUUAUGGUUUCGAACGAUUGAACCAAGAAUUGAGCUAAUAAUUCUUGGUAUUGGUGAGAGAAAUUAUUGGCCUGUCGAUUCGAUAAAAAUAUUACAAAGAAAUUUACAAUUGUUACGUAAAGAUUUGAAGAUUGAAAUGAUGUCAACAAAAGAAGCUGUAGCGACCUACAAUUUUAUGUUAGCCGAUUUUCGAUUAGUUGGUGGUGCUUUUUUGCCAUUACCUUCGGGAAUCGAGCAAAAAUUGAUUGAUGCUUGAUGUUAUAUUUAUGAAUGUAAA